AUGACCUCUACAGCUAAGUGCCUUAAUAGCAAAAGCAAAAGAAAAAAGGACCAGGUGGCAGUUGUGGCUAGGGGGGCCUUUGCUCAAUUUCGUGUUGUGCUCAGUCAAAAGAUUUGCUAUGGUGACUCUGCACAUCCCUGCUACAAGAUAGCCUAUUUCCAAGACAUGUCUAGGCGUGUGGGUUUUCAGGAGGCUCGCCAAGCCUGUGAAAUGGGCGAUGGAGUCCUUCUCAGCCUUGAAAGUGAAGCAGAACAGAAACUAAUAGAACAUAUGCUGCAGAAUCUCACCAAAGCAGGUCCUGGGAUUUCUGAUGGAGACUUCUGGAUUGGUCUAUGGAGAAAUGGAGAGGGACAAAUGACCUCUAGUGCCUGCCCUGAUCUUUACAAAUGGACAGAUGGAAGCAGUUCCCUCUUCAGAAAUUGGUAUACCGAUGAGCCUUCCUGUGGGAGUGAAGCUUGUGUUGUGAUGUAUCACCAGCCAACUGCAAAUCCAGGUUUAGGAGGGCCUUAUCUUUAUCAGUGGAAUGAUGACAGAUGCAACAUGAAGCACAAUUUCAUCUGCAAGUAUAAGUCAGAAGACAUCCCAGAAAAAGAAUCAGGAGACAGAACAGAUCCACAUCAUGAAGUGCAAGCAACAGUGCCAGCCUUGAAGCCUAAUUAUCCAAGCAAGUCAGAAGAUGAUUUUCCAUUGGUCGUUACUGAAACUAGUGGUCUAAUUCCUAAUUUAAUUUAUGUUGUUAUACCAACCAUACCACUGUUGUUGUUGAUAUUAGUGGCUUUUGGGACUUGCUGUUUCCAGAUGCUGCAUAAAAGUAAAGGAAGAACAAAAACCAGUCCCAAUCAGUCAACACUGUGGAUUUCUAAGAACCCAAGAAAGGACAGUAACCUGGAGGUAUAAGAGAACUGGCUGAAAAGGAAGCAGGAAUUACACUUUUCAGGAUCUCUUUGAUUGUCUUGUCAAAUAUUUGUUUGGAAUGGCUUGAAAUUGCAACCGAUCAGCAGAAUGAACUGGAAGCUCCCCCUUGAGGCAAUUGCUCUGAUAAUUUUUUUAUACAUGCAGUUUUUGGUUUUUAAUUCCAUACCAAACAUAGCUCUCUAAAAGAAAAUAAAAAUAUGAUUAUUUUGCUAAGGAAAAUAACUUGGCUACAGAUACUAAUAAGAUGGACAGAACAUUUUGAAUUUAUUCCAUGUGUCAGUUAUAGAACAAGUAUUUCUAAUUUAACUUUUAACAUUU